AUGGCGAAGCAGUACGAUGUGCUGUUCCGGUUGCUGCUGAUCGGGGACUCCGGGGUGGGCAAGACCUGCCUGCUGUGCCGCUUCACCGACAACGAGUUCCACUCCUCGCACAUCUCCACCAUCGGCGUGGAUUUUAAGAUGAAGACCAUAGAGGUAGAUGGCAUCAAAGUGCGGAUACAGAUUUGGGACACAGCGGGGCAGGAGAGAUAUCAGACCAUCACAAAGCAGUACUAUCGACGGGCCCAGGGGAUAUUUUUAGUCUACGACAUUAGCAGCGAGCGCUCUUACCAGCACAUCAUGAAGUGGGUCAGUGAUGUGGAUGAGUAUGCACCAGAAGGUGUCCAGAAGAUCCUCAUAGGGAAUAAGGCCGAUGAAGAGCAGAAGCGGCAGGUGGGAAGAGAGCAAGGGCAGCAGCUGGCUAAAGAGUACGGCAUGGACUUCUAUGAAACAAGUGCCUGCACCAACCUCAACAUUAAAGAGUCUUUCACGCGGUUGACAGAGCUGGUGCUGCAGGCCCACAGGAAGGAGCUGGAUGGUCUCCGGACACGUGCCAGCAAUGAGUUGGCAUUGGCCGAGCUGGAGGAGGAUGAGGGCAAACCUGAGGGCCCAGCGAACUCUUCAAAAACCUGCUGGUGCUGA